CUACACGCCUGGACUACCCUUGCUUGAACCGCCCCGUGGCGUGCCCGGAGUAUACUACUUGUGGUGCCCCUGAGUGCUUGAGCCAUCCCUACCCGUUGAGUCCCUGUGAACCCAAUGUCCCUAGAAAGCUGGGUGGGAGCUGUGCUGAGGCCAGACUCCACAGCUAGAGUCCUAUUGAGUCCCCAAGACCCCUGCCCAGGGGUAGGUUGCCCGAGACUCCAAUCCGCUGUCCAGGGGGAUAUUGCCUGCCUUUUGCCCGAGACCCCUGCCCAGGGGUAGAUUGCCUGCCUGUUGCCCGGGACCCCUGCCCAGGGGUA